UUUUCAUAUAAUAUAUAUCUGAUUGCAAUAACUUCUUCUAAUCGAUUCGAUUUUUUCUUUUUCUUCUGAUUUUUGUUACUGCAGGCUGAAUCUGGAUCUGUUUUCUUCAUUGAUAGUUAUACUCAUCAAUUCCUUCGCGCUCGAUCCUCCGACGAUGUCUCUCAGUCAGAGCCAAUGCUGUUACCUGAAGUUGGUGCCACCGUGUCAGUCUUGCUUGGUUUUCCACCACCAGUGAUGCUUUCAGCUGCUGGUUCAUCAAAGCUGAAAGAGGUUCUCAUUCCUAAUCCAUUGACAGACCUCGCGCUUUUUGUGCUUGAAGUUAUUGGAGUUGACGAUCCUCUUGUUGUUGACACCAAGAAAGGUCUCUUCCGCAAAGCCUUGAAGAAUAUUGGUCUGGUUCACAUAAAGUGGACAUUGAGCUUCCAGAUGAAGAGGAAGUAUCUGUUAUUCUUUGGACGAGCCACUAAGAGAUUACUCUGAAGAAGAGAUCAAUGACUUGGCAUCUUGGUUGGGUGGAUCUUAUUUCCCUGAUGCUACUAAAUCUCUGCAUGGAGUAUUGACAAUUCCCUUGGAAAAUGGUGACAAUGUGAACCUUCAUUUGUCAAAGAAAGUGCACAGGGAAUUUGCA